GUCUGAAAUUAUUCUCAAGAGAAUGUCUUCGUCUAACGAUGAGCCAUGAAAACAGAGUAUAAAUGACUCCGGAUAACCAGCUGUCAUUACAGUCACUUAUUCAGCCUCAUUGACUGUUCACAACCCUUCCAGGCGCACUUUAUAGAAUGGAUUCCUUGUUAUUCGUACUCAGUUUGGCUUGCGCAUUCGCUGCUCCGGCUCCCGAACCAUACGUAAGCAUCGAAUCGUUCGACUCCACUUCCAGAGGAAUCCAAUAUUCAUCAGCCAAUACCAAAAUUCUUGGUCAAAUCAAUGAGCAUAAUGAGGACGGGUCUUAUACCUUCGGCUACGAGUCUGAGGACGGAUCGUUCCGCAUUGAAAAUAAAGAUCCCAAUGGAUUUGUCACUGGAAAAUAUGGAUAUAUCGAUACUAAUGGCAAGCUCCAAGAAUUUGAAUAUGUUGCAGGAUCGAUGAAUGGACGUUCGGUAGGAUACCAAGCGAGGGGAUCGGCGAUUCCUGAGACUAGUCGUGCAAAGGAAUUUCCAGUUAUGUAUCCAUCUACAGCGUCGGUGAAUCAGAAAGAUCGCGAUUACGAAUAUUCGAGUACCGAUGAUGACCGUAAUGGUUUCCCCGAUAAAGUUGUGAGUCAUAACCAGAAGCAAACCAACAUCGUUCGCUUAACGGACACUAAGGUUCCAACACCUUUGAAGAAUCCAUCAAACAUUGUCCAUCUAACAUCUCCGGUUCAGACCACAGUUGACAAUUCUUUCAACAUUGUCCGUUUGACUACUCCGGUUGAAACGUCGUUCGAAAAUCCAUCAAAUGUUAUCCGUUUGACGUCACCAUCUCAAACGACAUUCCAAAACCCAUCGAACACCGUUCGCAUAACUACACCACCACGAACGACAUCUGAAAAUCGAUUAAAGGUUGUCCGUCUAACCCAAGAAUCGCCCCAAAAUCCAUCGAAUGUUGGCCGUCUAACUUCUUCGGACCAAAUUUCGUCUGAGAAUCCAUCGGAGUUGGUCCAGUUUGUGAAUCCCGAACGCAUUACUGAACAGGAAGCAUCAGUUGUACGUCUAACCUCUUCGGAUCAAGAGGCGCCCGAAAAUCCUUCCAGUACCGUCCGUUUCGUUGGCCCAACCCAACGUCAGGUUGUCCGCUUGACUGCGCCGAAAAAGAAGAUUGCCAUUCAGCCCACUAGAGCAUCAAACGAUGGUUAUCAGGUGAUUAUGCAAGAGCGUCAAAGACAGCCUCAAUCCGUGCAGCUCGAUUCUCGUCCUUCUUACUACUCCAGCAACGACGGCCAGCGGUUUGUGCCACGUCCAUCCCCACAGUCGUCCGGAAGACUGAAUCCUUUCCUCAGCGGCCGGGCUACCUCUGUCAGGGAUAAUUACGGACGCUGGAUUGUUAGAGGCAAUAACAAACAGGCCCGUUUUGUUCCAUCUGUUCAGACCGUCUUCAUUGACGACGAUGACUUGGAUGAUUUUGAUUAUGAUUUUGAUGAUGACGACUUCCAACACUUUACGACUCUUUAGAUAUAAAUAUGCGGAUUAAAUUUUUUUAGCAAAGAUUGUUUUCGCGUUUUGCUUAUCUUUUGUUUAUUCCAUGUGUUGAUUAAAACAUCAACAACAUAUUCGGUUCUAAAAUACAAGCAAAGUACGGAAAA